AUAGGCUGGAUAUUCACUAUGCGUACUCCAGAAUUCCCUCAAGGUCGCAGAGUUGUAGUCGUAGCAAACGACAUCACCUACAAAAUUGGAUCAUUCGGUCCCAUGGAAGACCAAUUCUUCUAUCUUGUCACUCAGUAUGCGAGGGAGUUAGGCCUUCCUCGAAUCUACCUGUCAGCGAAUUCUGGAGCUUGUAUUGGUCUGGCUGAAGAGCUCAUACCCUUAUUCUCGGCUGCUUGGAACGAAGAAGGGCAUCCGGAGAAGGGAGUCCAUUACCUAUACUUGACGCACGAGAAUUACUUGAAGUUAGAGGGGCAAGGC